GCUGCAGUGCAGCCGGCGGAUUAGGGUGCUCGCCCAGUUUGUGGGCUGACCCGGCUCCGGCGCUGCAGCUCCCGGUCCGAGGUCCGCCCCCCAAACCCGGCGUUGCUCCUAGCUCCCAGAUGACCACCGAGGGCGGGCCCCCGCCACCCCCGCCGCGCCCGCCGCCUGCCCCACUCCGCCGCGCGUGCAGCCCCGCACCCGGCGCGCUCCAGGCCGCCUUAAUGAGCCCGCCGCCCACUGCCACCCUGGAGUCCACCUCGUCUUCGUCAUCUUCAUCCUCAGCCUCCUGUGCCUCGUCCUCUUCCAACUCGGUCAGCGCCUCCUCGGGUGCUUGCAAGAGUGCAGCGAGCGGCGGCGGCGGCACAGGUACCGGGAACGGAGGCACCAAGAAGGCGACCUCCGGGCUGCGGCGGCCAGAGAAGCCGCCCUACUCCUACAUCGCGCUCAUCGUCAUGGCCAUCCAGAGUUCGCCCAGCAAGCGCCUAACGCUCAGCGAGAUCUACCAAUUCCUGCAGGCGCGCUUCCCCUUCUUCCGUGGCGCCUACCAGGGCUGGAAGAACUCCGUGCGCCACAACCUCUCGCUCAACGAAUGCUUCAUCAAGCUGCCUAAGGGCCUCGGGCGGCCGGGCAAAGGCCACUACUGGACCAUCGACCCGGCCAGCGAGUUCAUGUUCGAGGAGGGCUCAUUCCGCCGGCGGCCGCGCGGUUUCAGACGGAAGUGCCAGGCGCUCAAGCCUAUGUACCACCGGGUGGUGAGCGGCUUGGGCUUCGGGGCCUCGCUGCUGCCCCAGGGCUUCGACUUCCAGGCGCCCCCUUCAGCGCCUCUGGGUUGCCAUGGGCAGGGCGGCUAUGGUGGCCUCGACAUGAUGCCCUCAGGCUAUGAUACAGGCGCGGGUGCUCCCGGUCACGCGCAUCCACACCACCUCCACCACCACCAUGUCCCCCACAUGUCGCCCAACCCGGGCUCCACCUAUAUGGCCAGCUGCCCGGUGCCCGCAGGGCCUGCGAGCGUUGGGGCGGCAGCAGGUGGAGGCAGUGGCGGCGGUGACUAUGGGCCGGACAGCAGCAGCAGCCCAGUGCCCUCAUCCCCCGCCAUGGCGAGCGCCAUCGAGUGUCACUCGCCCUAUACUAGCCCGGCGGCACAUUGGAGCUCGCCUGGCGCUUCACCUUACCUCAAGCAGCCGCCUGCCCUGACGCCAAGCAGUAAUCCUGCGGCCUCUGCUGGUCUGCACCCCAGCAUGUCUUCCUACUCUCUGGAGCAGAGCUACUUGCACCAGAACGCCCGCGAGGAUCUCUCAGUGGGACUGCCCCGUUACCAGCAUCACUCCACUCCAGUGUGUGACAGAAAAGAUUUCGUCCUCAAUUUCAAUGGCAUUUCUUCUUUCCACCCUUCCGCUAGUGGCUCUUAUUAUCACCAUCAUCACCAGACCGUGUGCCAAGAUAUUAAGCCCUGUGUUAUGUGAAUGGACAGAGGCCUUGAAGGCUGCCUCUCCCUCUUCUGCCCUUUCCUCCUCUCCCCUCCGAGAGGGGCAGCUAGGAACUGCAACGGACUCACACACUGUGCACACGGAUAGCAGUAAGUAGAACACCGGUCACCUAGACAAACGCCCAGAGGGAGUCCUGCUCACCCACAUUUGCCCAACCAUGGAAGAGGAAACCGUUGGCAAGGCAACACAUACCCCAGCAGAGGGACAGAGAUGACAGUAAAAACGUUACUACAUGUAAGACAUAAACCUUUCAGUUCAGGGGUGGCCAUUGCCUUCACUGAUUGGGCGUCUGAAAAGGGAGGUGUGUGUGUGUGUGUGUGUGUGUGUGUGUGUGUGUGUGUGUCUGUCUUAGUGUGUGCUUUUCAAAGCGGGCAGUGCUAAAAGCACAGUAUUUCUAGAAAGCCUUGUCUAGUUGCCUGGCCCAGUAGAUUCUCCCACUUCCAACGCUCCUUUCGGCUACAGGUGCCAAAGAACAUUGUGACAAGAUGAAGAACUGAGUCUAGUUUGAGAAGGUGGCUCUCAGUAUUGUGACAAUACAACAUUUCUACAAGGUUGUUUUUCUACCACCAUAUUUUUAAAGUAUUUUUAUGAUCUUCUUAUACUCACACUUUGCUUGUAUUUGAAAAGGAGGGUAUAUUUGCACUUAUGUAUACUUUUACAGUUUGCCAAAAUAUUUUGAUGUUAAGGUUUUUUUUUUCCAAUAAAAUGUGUAUAACAAAUAGUUGUUUUAGGGAUCGUUUUCUGUGCAGU